AUGGAUGACUUUUUUUCGGUGUUUGAGGAGCAGCCGCGUGCUCCCAAGCGCAAGGCCGACGCCGAUGUCGAAACGAUCGACGGCGCUGACAGCGCAAAUGGCAGCAGCAGGCCUGUUGCUAUCAAGGCGGAGGAGGACAUGGACGAGCAGAUGAACGGAACAACCGAUGACCAAGGGCAGGGCGACAGCAAAAGGCGGAAGAUGGAAGACGAGGCCGAGCCCAUCAUCACCGACACAUUCGAGACGGCCGAGUCCAGGGAAGUCACGGCAGCCAAGGGCUUCGCGCCAUCGACAGAUGAAGGCUCCCUCGUCUUGUCUCACAACAUCCAACACCAAGUUGCCUUACCACCAGAUCUCGAUUACGAAUACAUCCCCCUUUCAGAGCACAAACCGCCCGCAGAACCCGCGAGGACAUACCCCUUCAGACUCGAUCCCUUCCAGGCCAUGUCCGUUGCCUCGAUCGAGCGCGACGAGAGUGUCCUGGUGUCGGCCCAUACCAGUGCCGGCAAGACGGUCGUUGCCGAGUAUGCUAUUGCCCAAUGUCUCAAGCGGAACCAGAGGGUCAUCUACACAAGUCCCAUCAAGGCGCUCAGCAACCAGAAGUACCGCGAGUUCCAAGCCGAUUUUGGCGACGUCGGCCUGAUGACGGGCGACGUCACAAUCAACCCGACCGCAAGCUGUCUCGUCAUGACGACCGAGAUUUUGAGGUCCAUGCUGUACCGGGGCUCCGAGAUAAUGCGCGAGGUGGCUUGGGUCAUCUUUGACGAGAUCCACUACAUGCGCGAUAAGACCCGCGGUGUCGUCUGGGAGGAGACCAUCAUCCUUCUCCCGGAUAAGGUUAGAUAUGUAUUCCUAUCGGCCACCAUCCCCAAUGCCUUCCAAUUUGCCGAAUGGAUAGCCAAAAUUCACCGUCAGGCCUGCCACGUUGUUUAUACCGAUUUCCGGCCGACACCGCUGCAGAAUUACUUCUUUCCCGCGGGAGGUGAAGGCAUAUAUCUGAUAGUGGACGAGAAGGGCAACUUCAAAGAGAACAACUUCAACACCGCCAUGGCAGCCAUCGAGAAUAAGAAGGGCUCAGACCCGGCCGACUGGAGCGCCAAGCGCAAUGGCCAUGGAAAGAACAAGAAGACCAACAAGGGAGGCGUGGCACCAAACGAGAAGUCCGACAUUGCCAAAUUGAUCAGAAUGAUCAUGAAGAAGAACUUCCAGCCCGUCAUUGUUUUCAAUUUCGCCAAGCGCGAGUGCGAGCAGCUGGCGCUCAAGACCUCAGAUAUGAAGUUCAACGCCCCAGAUGAGGAGGCGUUGGUCAACAGCGUUUUCGAGAACGCCUUGAAACAGCUCUCGGAUGAGGACAGAAAUCUGCCUCAGAUCUCAAACAUUCUCCCCCUACUCCGCAAGGGCAUAGGCGUCCAUCACUCUGGGUUGUUGCCCAUUCUCAAAGAGACCAUCGAGAUUCUUUUCCAAGAAGGCCUAAUCAAGGUCCUAUUUGCGACAGAAACCUUUUCGAUUGGUCUCAACAUGCCCGCGAGGACCGUCGUUUUCACCCAGGUUACAAAGUGGGACGGCGUUCAGCGGCGGCCGCUGACUUCGUCUGAAUACAUCCAGAUGGCGGGCAGAGCUGGCCGUCGUGGUCUCGAUGACCGUGGUAUCGUCAUCAUGAUGGUCGACGACAAGCUGGAGCCCGACGUGGCCAGGAGCGUUGUGGUCGGCCACCAAGACAAGCUAAACUCGGCCUUCCACCUCGGGUACAACAUGAUCCUGAAUCUGCUGCGCAUCGAGGCCAUUUCACCCGAAUAUAUGCUCGAGCGGUGCUUUUUCCAGUUUCAGACGACCUCAAGCGUGCCGCAACUUGAGCGCGACCUUGCCAACCUGCAGCAGCAGCGCGACAGCGUGAUUAUUCCUGAUGAAGCAAGUGUCAAGGAGUACCACAGCGUUCGGCAGCAACUGGAAGGGUACCAGAAGGACAUGAUUGCCGUCAUGCAGCACCCGACCUACUGCGUCAAGUUCAUGAAGCCCGGUAGGGUGGUGCACAUUGUCACACCCAGCGGGGCCGAUUAUGGCUGGGGCAUCGUGAUGGACUUUGUUCCCCGCAAGGCCAAGGCAGGCCAGCCCGACUGGCCGGCCCAAGAAUCCUACUUCGUCGACACCCUGCUCAGAAUCGCGUCAAACAGCGCGGAAGUCGACAAAAACUCCAAGGGCGACGUUGCCGUGCCCGAGGGCGUCUACCCCCUGCAGCCCGGAAAGAAGGGCAGGUGGGAAGUUGUUCCCUGCCUGCUGACCUGCGUGAAAGCCAUUUCCCAGGUCCGUCUGCAUGUUCCCAGGGACGCUACCUCGGAAUCAGAACGCAAAGACACAGGCAAGCUGCUCGAGGAAGCCAAGAAACGCUUCCCCGACGGCCUGCCGCUCGUCGACCCGCUCGAAAACAUGGGCAUCACCGACGAAUCCUUCAAAAAGCUCCUGCGAAAGAUUGAAGUUCUCGAGUCCCGCCUCAUCGCGAACCCGCUGCACAACUCGCCCCUUCUCGAGCAGCUCUGGCAGCAGUUCGAGGCCAAGCUCGCCCUGGCGGAGCAGAUCAAGGAGAAGAAGCGGGCCAUCAUGAAGGCGCACAGCGUCGCGCAGCUCGACGAGCUCAAGUCGCGGAAGCGCGUGCUCCGCCGGCUCGGGUUCAUCAACGAAGCUGAGGUGGUGCAGAUGAAGGCGCGCGUGGCGUGCGAGAUCUCGUCGACCGAGGGGCACGAGCUGCUGCUCGCCGAGCUGCUGUUCAAUCGGUUCUUUAACGAGCUGUCGCCGGAGUUGUGCGCGUCGGUGCUGAGCGUGUUUAUCUUUGACGAGAAGGUCGAGACGGCAACGCUCAAGGAGGAGCUGGCCAAGCCGUUCCGCGAGAUCCAGGCGCAGGCGAGGGUCAUUGCCAAGGUCAGCGCCGAGAGUAAGCUCGAGGUGAAUGAGGAUGAGUACGUGCAGAGCUUGAAGUGGCAGCUCAUGGAGACGGUGCUGGCGUGGGCUAAUGGGAGGCCGUUUUCCGAGAUCUGCAAAAUGACCAACGCCUAUGAGGGCUCGUUGAUUCGCCUCUUCCGCCGGCUGGAGGAGCUGCUCCGCCAGAUGGCUGAGGCGGCGAAAGUCAUGGGCAGCGAGGAGCUCAAAGAUAAGUUCGAGACGAGCUUGUCCAAGAUUCGGCGGGAUAUCGUCUCGUGCAACAGUCUGUAUCUGUAA